AUUCAAUCAUUUCGCAGCCGUGCCUACGGUGUGAACGGAGCCGUUUUGGCUGUCACGGGUGUUGCCGAUCAUGCAUCAUUCGUCAAGGCAAUUGAAGAAGGAUUUUCCGAAUCGCCUGCUGGAACUCCGGAUGCUGCAGCUUCCCUUACUUAUUUGGGUGGAGAAAGCCGACUGGCCGUGCCAAGUGGAUACGCACACGUUGCACUUGCCUUUGAUGGUACGUCUGCCUCUUCGGCUCUUUUGAGUGUCGUCAAGCAUUGCUUCCAGUUGUCGGGGGCUGCUUCAGGCGUCACGGGCUUUAGCUCCAAAGGUCUCGUUGGUGUCUAUGCUGGCGGUACAUCUACGGGGGAGCUGGUGGAUACCCUGAGUACGGCGGUUACCAGUGCUGGACCUGAACUCGUAGCACGUGCCAAGGUUCUAGCCAAGGCAGAGGCUCUCUUUGCUCUUGAUGGAGGUAGCAAGUCUUUGGCAGAAGCCAUGACGGCAUCGGUGGUCGAGACCGGCACUUUUGCCGGUGCCGCCGGUGUUAUCGCGGCAUACGAUGCUAUUUCGGACAAGGAAGUCGAUGCUGCCGUCUCGGCAAUGUUCAAGAAAACGCCAGCCCUUGCGGCUGUUGGUGACAUUACCAGUGUGCCGUACCUUGGAUCCAUCGUGUCUCGCUUCUCGUAA